AUGGCAUUUCCAACAAGCUGCUCACACAACCCUCGCCGAUUUAUUGCUCGAACACGUGGUCCAUACAUCAAAGUAUCGAAGGAAGUCUGCCAACAACUGACUGAACGGCGACGCACCAAACAACUUGACGAGGACCAGGAGAUUCAAGCUGUCCUGAACUAUAUGAACUCAAAGGCUACCAAUUUGGCUUGCAAAUUCAAGCAGCCUCGUCGCUGUUACCUCGAGCGUUUCACCCUUGGUUCUGUAGUUCACCACCGCAAGCGCAACAAAACCAGUGCAUGGCAUGCAUUUAUGCAUUUCCAGGGCAUCAGAACCAAUGCCAACAAAGACAUGUAUGAGAAGUCCAACAUUGCGGAUUUCGUCAAGGAAACUACUGAGUACCAUCAGCUUACCGCUGAGAAAAAGACCAGGCUCAUUUUGGACUUCGAUGAAGUCAAAAAGGGUGCUCGAGAUCGCCCGCCGAAUAUAACCGCUCAUUCUCAUGCUACUGAAUGUGCUCGUAGCUUCCAGUAUGUGAAGGAAGAGUUCGAAGCUCUGAAACAAUGUGUUGGCGUAGAAGCCAUUGUCGUGAUGGUUCGAGGCGUUUCCGAUUUUUCUAUGGCACCAAAAGCCUUCUUCACAAGUUCGGCAGUGGAACAAUUUGUUUGGUUGUACUUACGCAAGGACGUCGCCCAAUUAGCGACAGAUUUCGAGAGUACCAUUCUAGCCAACGGCUUCCUUUUAAACUCUGCCACUAAUCAUUGGGAGCGUGUCACAAAUGCCAAGGCUGCUAUCAGAACAGGUCUCCGCUUGUCGCUAUGUGAGGUCACAAACAACCCAUCUGCCUCAAUGGAGUUCACGAAGUACGAGAAGCUCGUUUCUACCUACUUCGUCAAGCUUGUGGGGUGGAACCACCCCCAAUGGGCAAACCCUUCGGACUUAAAGGGUGGUAUUGAGAGCCUUGAAAACGUGGUUAAGGCAAUCAGAAUUCACCAUUGCCGUUUUGUGGUGAUUGACCAAGAAGAAGUUAAAGAGCGUGCACGGUGCAUCAAAAAUGGGGAGACAUUAACUCCCGAGCUCGAGCCACCCGUACCGCUUGAACCACCUCCUUCUAAUACAGUAGCUCCCCCUACUCGUGCUCAUACACCCCCCCAUGCUACAACAGCUGAUAUAUCUCUAUUAUCAUACCCUGUCCCUGAUAAUAGUCAGCCUGAUUUCACCGCUCCAGAUGACAAUGCAGCCUCGGCGCUAUCUUUGGCGAACUUGCCUCACAAUGUCCAACCAGCCCCGCCGCACAGCGAUGACGACACUGAGCCCGCCUGCAGCUCAAUUACAGAUGAUAUGGUGGACCCGGAGCUUCGUGCUCUUGAUCAGGGUAUGUAA